AUACAUUGCGGUUUUGAGCCUCUCGAACACGGCCAUUGGUAACCAAUCGGCGUAGCAGCAGAUACACAAGUAAUCACCAAACAACUUCUGGACGCUAACUAUAGUGAUGAUAUCCGCUGAAACUUGAAUUUAACUUGGUAACGUGAACGAAUAGGUKGCUUUCUAUCUAGAUAUCUGUACCCACGACACCGAAGAUUUGUUUGAAAACGCAAGGAGGCAAGGGGGCGGCUAGAUACAUCACCCCACUYUACCUCCUGAUCUGUGGAAACAAUGGCUAGUGCUGCCCCUCCACCAUCCGCUGUCUCGACCGCCACUGAGAACCCCAGCAGCUCGACUGCUGCUGGGGAGGGUGGCAAUCAGGACAGCGCCUUCGAAUGCAACAUCUGCCUGGACACCUCCAAGGAUGCGGUGAUCAGUCUGUGUGGGCAUCUCUUUUGUUGGCCCUGUUUACAUCAGUGGUUAGAGACCAGACCUAACAGACAAGUGUGUCCAGUGUGCAAGGCAGGCAUCAGUCGAGACAAAGUCAUCCCACUAUAUGGCAGGGGGAGCACAAGCCAGCAGGACCCACGGGAGCGAACUCCUCCUCGACCACAAGGACAGAGGCCAGAGCCUGAAAAUCGUGGAUUUCAGAGGUUCGGCUUUGGAGAUGGAGGAUUCCAGAUGUCUUUUGGCAUUGGUGCCUUUCCAUUUGGCAUUUUCUCUACAGCUUUUAACAUCAAUGAUGGAAGACCACACCCAGCUGCCCCUGGGACCCCCCAGCACAUGGAUGAACAGUUCUUGUCCCAACUCUUUCUAUUUGUGGCUCUGGUGAUUGUGUUUUGGCUACUAAUCGCAUAAAUGUCUGGGUGGCCAGGACUAAGGCUCAAGUUGGACAGUUCUUAAUAGUCUGUUUCCAGAUACUUGUUUGAUUUUGUACUUUUAAACUGUUUGAUUACAUCUGUACUAUGAAUCCUACAGAAGUCUUAAAAUGGCCCUACCUCUUCAUUUCCAUCAAUGUUGUGUUUUUUAAUAGACAUUAAGUUUCCUUGGUUGGCAAUAUAGAACCAGAUUUUAAAAGAAAAAAUGGCAAAUCAGUAAAUGUAAGGUAUCGGAUMUACCCUCUGUGUUUGUAUGGAUGUAGAUUAGGAGCAGUAUGUCCUGUUUCUGAACUGAAUCUAUCAAUUCAGGAAUAGAUGUAUCAUUGGCGAUAGACUUUUAAAUUGUUGACACAAUUGCCUUUUGAGUACCAUUACCAGUAUGCAGCCAUAUUAACAAUACAGUAAGUAGUACAUUGUGUGGUGUCAGCAAGGGAAUAGUCCAAAAGAGCAGUAUUGAUAUGGGUUUAGUUAUUGAAUGACAUUAACUGGUAUGUCCUCAGUUGCCAUAGGAGUUAUUUUGUUAAGACUAUUUCUCAUGUUUCAGAAAAUUAGGUUACAAUUUAAAGGAGCUAUUUUUGGUUCAAUGAUACUGUCAUUAUCUGCCACUAGUAAGACUAUUUUAGUACAAAUGGAAAUGUAGAAUUCUAAUGCAUAUGCUUAUAAAAUAAAGAACUUGGGGGGGAUGUGCAAAA